ACUAGCUAAAAACAACCCUUUGCAAAAGCAAGAUACAAAAGCAUUAUCACUAUGGAUUUUUCAGGAAAGAAAUGACUUGGCUUCUAUGCGAACACUGGCUUACGAACGUUCUGAAACAAAUAAAGCCUUCAAGGCAUGGGUAAAAGAAGAAUGCGAAGAAGAAAAGGUUGAGAAUUCUCGUGAUUUGGAGGAUAUUGUAGGAGAUAAACUAUGUCGCUUAUUGGAUAAACAAGUUGAGAUUGAGCAGGAAUUUGCUGGUAAGUGUUUAUGAAGAAUUUGAAAGGUAGAUUUAAUGCGUUUUAAAGGCAAGUAUCAACAAUACAGACACGCCAUCAAAUCUAUUCGAGAGAGAGAAGAAAAGUUGUCGGACCAGAGAGAAAAGAAACGCUCUCUUCAGUCCCGUAUUCAAAACUUGAGCAAAAGCAGCCCAAGGUCACCCAAAUUGACUGAGUUUCAACGAGAAUUGAAAUCAUUAGCUCAAGACACACAUGAAUCUGAAAUGGACCUUGCAGACUUCAAACGAUUUGCGCUCAAGGAAGCUUUCUAUCUUCGCUUUAAUGCUAUGAAUGAUUAUGCUCAAAAGACAGCCUUGAUUGCUGGUUUUGGUAAAUACUUGACUGACUUGAUAGAGAUUGAACCUACUCCGCCUACACAAACACAUCGCAAUCCUUAUGAAAAAGGACCUGAAGCUGCCAUUAUCUUUGCUGAUGCUAUGAAUGCUCUUGAAAACUGGAAGUCUUCUGCCGAAGACGAACGCCCAACACUUGCUAAUAAUCCUCAGAACACAAAAGGAAAAGAGCCUGAUACCACACCACAAGUACCCAACACUCCCCCUCAAUUGCCUCCAAGACGUCCUACCCAAGAUGGCCCCACUGAAACUGCUAUUUCUACACAGCCAUCAGGAUACACUACAGGCGAAGUGUCUUCUGCUACUGGUGACUUGAAGACAAACAUAGAAAACGAAAUUGAUAUUGAAAGAAUUGAUCUUUAUGAUGCUCCACCACCCGCUUAUGAUGGCCCUUCACAGAACGUGAUGUCAUCUCCUUUGAAUUCAGAUGCUCAUCUAGCACCGAAUCAAGGCGCUUAUGAACAUCAAUAUAACAACGCCUCUUUUAAUUCGCCUUAUCAAGUCCAUGCUCAUUUGCCAGCUCAAAAGCCAUAUUCUCCUCAUCCUAACCAUGUUAAUCUCACAGACUCACCUGCACAUAUACACGCUUAUCCCCCUCAACAAACACAACAGCAUCAUCAUUGGGCACAUCAAGACAGUAGUUUCUAUGAUCCUACCAAUAUGAUGUACAGUCAAGUCAAUUACCAACAAUUAUACCGACAAGUCAGCCAGCGACAACAAUAUUGUGCCCCUCAUCGUCCUUAUUCCGAGUUCCAACAACAGUUUAAUCAUGGUCAACAAAACAUUCAAGGUCAACAACUUAGACAAAAAGUAGAUGCAGGUGGUUUCCGUAUUCCUCCUAAUCAAGGUCAAUCAGCAGAAGAAGAAAAAGAAAGACUAGCUCAACACUAUAGACAUCAAGAUCAACAAUAUUAUGAUGACGGCUCACAAUACCAUCAAAAACCUGCUACACCACCCGCACCUGUUCCAGCACAUGCUCACAUCUCACAACAACAAGAAGAAGAUGAUGAAAAGACACAAGAAGAAUGAUUUUUUUUUAUUGAUUUAUUUUGUACAUAUAUAAAGGUUUAUUUUGAAAUG